AACUCCUUUCCAAAACUCUCUCUCUCUCUCUCUCCGAUGCUUCUGUUUGCUUCAAUCGCGGGUACCCCUCUCUCCCUCUGCAUAUCCACCCCUCACUUUCCAAGAACUCGCAAACCCUCUUCCUCUCCAUUUGCUUCUAUUAGCUCAGCAUCGUCAUCUCAUGAAUCACCACCACCAUCCACAACUGAAGGAUUUAUAUCCUCGAACCCUUCCUUUGUUGCAUCAUCCUCUAAACCACAGGACAAGAAUGUCAACUUCGCGCUUGCAAACCCGAAUGGUAACCCGGUUGCUCGCUUUGUUCGGUCCACGGAGUCAACCGUUGAAAGGGUCAUAUUCGACUUUAGGUUUCUGGCACUGCUGGCUGUUGGGGGCUCGUUAGCUGGUUCUUUGCUUUGCUUUCUAAAUGGCUGUGUUUACAUUAUUGAGGCAUACAAAAUUUACUGGACGAGCUGUGUCAAAGGGAUUCACACAGGACAGAUGGUUCUACGUUUGGUUGAAGCUAUUGAUGUAUAUCUAGCUGGGACUGUCAUGUUAAUAUUUGGCAUGGGUUUAUAUGGAUUAUUUAUCAGUAAUGUGCCUCCAAAUGUACCUCCCACAGUUGAUCGUGCCCUUAAGGGGUCUUCCUUGUUUGGGAUGUUCGCUUUGAAGGAGAGGCCUAAAUGGAUGCAAAUCAGUUCGCUCGAUGAAUUAAAGACGAAAGUGGGACAUGUAAUUGUUAUGAUCCUUCUAGUAAAGAUGUUUGAAAGGAGCAAGAUGGUCACGAUAGCUACUGGUGUGGAUCUUUUAAGCUAUUCUGUAUGUAUUUUCUUAUCUUCUGCUUCCUUAUACAUUCUUCAUAAUCUGCACAAGGCAGAUUAGAGUUGGCCACAAAUAGCUUCAGGUAAUAUGUAUAUUUUUUAAACUUGUAUGGAAAAAUAAUGUAAUACCAGUCCACAGCUUGGGAUAAAGGUUAAUGUCUGUCUUUGUAGCCACAGUUGCAUGGCUCUUCACUAAUGUUCUCUACUUAAUUGAUUGUAAAUGGUCUCAUUACAAUGCUGUUACCGGAUUUCCUCUUACCGAGCAAAACAAUGAUCUUAACGAUACAUAGAGCCAGAAAAUCUGUAAAUGUUGCG